AUGACCACUUCCGUAAAUCCGAAAGAAGCAAAAUUAAAUAUCACUACGCACGUUUUGGAUACUAGUAGAGGUCUACCUGCUGAUAAUUUGGCAGUAAGUCUUUACAAGUUCGAGAAUGAUAAAUGGAUUCUUCUAAAAGAAAGCACGACAGGAUCAAACGGACGUAGCGCAGAUCUGCUACAAGAUGAAAGAGAGACUCCCACACCUGGCAGAUUCAAGAUCGAAUUUCGGGUGAAUGAUUAUUUCAGACGAAAUGUGACCAAUUCGAUGUAUCCGUUGAUCGAUGUGGUGUUUGACGUGAAAAAUUCUCGCGAACAUUAUCAUAUUCCUUUGCUGUUGAGUCCUUUUGGGUUUACUACAUAUCGCGGCUUGUAAUCGAUGUUUACUUUAAGUCUCUCUUAUAUCGUCUCUUAGAAUUAAGAUAACGGUAGCGCAAGAUUUAUAAAACCUUAUGUUACAUAAAUAUUAUAACGUCAAAAAAUAAACGAGAAGAGAGCAUAAUUGUAUUAACAGAUAAA